AUUACGGCUCUCCCGGUGGAGGUUUUGGUUAACACCUUUCUUUGAAUGAUCUCAUGAGAUGCAAACAGGCGAGUUUUAGUUAGAAGCAGUUCGCUUGCCCUUCGUUCCCCCUCUCCUCACGUUUUUAUCAUACAUUUUUAUGGUUCUUAUAUAAGUGACGUUCGUAGGCAACUAAAGCCUUUCUCUAUGUCAUCGAGGGGUCGUUGGUUCUCCAGUAUAACAUCGAGCGCGAAACUUACCUUCUUGCCGGUAGCACUGCGGGUGAUGUAUAUGCAGAGACUAUCUGAUGGAACCCCAGAUCCAGAUCAUCUCUCUAUGGCAGAGAAACUUACGAGUCUUCGUAGGCGGGAAGUUGGAUGGGCUAAUUUGAAAUGGCAGCCUCAAACAUAUACCAUUUUGGCUAAUCCACGGCCCCGCCGUUUCACUUCCGGGGACACAAUAUCAUACAAGCUGCAACAUGGAUUCUUUGCGUAUGGGUACUACACAUCCCACAUGUUGGAUGACCCUGAUUGUUUAUCGCUCCACUCCCUUCCGAGAGUCGCGGAUCGCCUUUCGAAUUCAAAGGGUCACGGAUUAUCAUCCGCACUGCUCGGGUCAAUUGAUUCUGAGCGUCAGAUGUACCUAGAAGGUGAAGAUGGCGAUGACGUUGAGAUAGACUGGUCCCAAACACCUAUUCUCCACCGCCUCGGCUUCGAGUUUCUGGACUUCAGUAUCGAUCCGGAACAGAAUUUGGCCAUUUACGUUUGCGACGACUUGGAUAAGGUGUUUGUCAGAAUAAGGCAAAUGUCUGAUAAUGGCUUUCACCCGAUGGCCCAAUAUGAGACUCUCGAUGCUUGCCCGCUGGUUGGUCCUACGCACAUUCUUGUUGAGAUCUUUGGCGACUUUGUCGGCGUCAUGGUACGGGAUCUUUUGGAUGUGGAUCGUCCUGUCUUUGAAGCUCCAGAAUAUGAAAUUUUAUCCGGGGGAGAGCCGAUUCCUGCAGACGGACCUAUUCCAAGCAUGUCCUCCGUUCCAUCAGGUUCAGUUCAAGAUUCUUCCACAACCCCGGACGAUACGCCAAAAUGGGGGCGUACAUAUGCUACCAACGGACCGUUUGUUCGUCCCCGGCAGGAUGAUUUCAGGGUCGCUGUCCUUUCGCUUACUCCGUCCUCCGUGUGGGAACAGUCUUACAGGCUGUUUAUUGCCGUGUCCGACAUCUAUCGCACGACCAAACGUUUCGAGAGUGAUUUUCAUACUACUAAAGGAAAGAUACUGGAGGACAGCCCAGAUGCCAACUCCGACGCCGACUGCGUGUUCCCUAUCCAUGUUCCAUGGAAUGAUUGGGGACCUCGUUCGGCGCGCUUGUUGGCGACUGCCGGUACAGAGACAUUUUGCUCUAUUUUCAUGAACCGAUACAUCUUUGGCACCCUCGAGCAUAGACGAAUACCCGCUGAGGAGGACACUUGGGUUCCCGAUUCCGAUCCCGAUGACGGGAUUGAGCAUGGUGCGGAUGCGGAAAGACAAUCAGGCAACGCCGGAGCCCCCUUCAUCUGGUUUGAUCCGGCCACCAAGGAUAUCAAAGGAUUACGGGGUUUCAGGUCGUAUGACUGUAUCCCCAAGCCCUGAUGCCGUUGGCAAGGUCAUCACUAGACUUCCAUACCGCGGGGUGACGAGAUCUGUUGCCGUGGAUAGACGCAGAGAGGAUAUUGCUCCUUGAUGUAAGUGAUCAAGGCACCAUUAAAGUCCUCGUCAUUUAAACGCAUGUCACCCGUAUGGAUUGUUUAAGAUCCAAAAUCGUCCCUGUCAUUACCCUAGUUUGAAAUGGCCACUUGCAG